AGCUGCCAACGGCAAAUUAGAACAAUACCGUUUUCAUUACUGUGAAAACUCGAUUAUUGGAAGCUUUAAAAAUUCAGUUUGACAAGCAUUGCUGUGAGAUAGUUUUGUUUUAACAACUGUAACUCCGUGAAAAAAAAUUAUUCGCCAUUUUUUUUAAACAGACUUGCAUGUUCUGAAUUCUAAUAUGAAUGAAUUGUACAGAAUAAAUCUACGAGGUAAAGAAUUCAUUUCGUCAUCUGAAUUACUACGCGAAUUUUUGCAAAACUUGGUCAAAAGUAACCUUGCAGUUAUUCGGCAAAAUGGAGAGAUAUUUGUGGACAGAAAUCCCAUGAUUUUCUACAACGUUUUAGAUUAUUAUUCUGGAGAUGGAUUUCAUCUUCCGAAAAAUAUCUGUCCAAUUCAAGCGCUGAAGGAAGUGGAGUUUUGGAAAAUACCUUCGAAGGACAUUCCUUCGUGUUGUUAUGAGGUGCUCUACGAUGAACACGAGGCUCAGUAUAACUCCAUAGAAAACUUCGACAGUGAUUUGAAAACCCAGGCAAAUCAAACCGUUUCACCACUUUAUGUGGAAAAGAAAACAAAGCCUUCUUUAGAAAGACUGAGAUAUAGAUUGCUGGAAGCUCACACACAUCCGUUUUCUACUUGGUCUGGAAGGAUCUGGAUUUUUAUAUCGGCGCUCGUCACAAUUACUUCAGUCGUUGUUUAUUUGUUGAACAGUGAUGAACAGUUCAGAAUCCCUCGCGAAGGUUUACCAGUUCUUCCUUAUAACAUUACCUACGAGGAGGCCAUAGUAAACCAUAAGUAUCUUGUCCUAAUAAAAACAGCAAGAGAACCUACAAAGUCUGCAUUAGAACAAUUAACGAAUGUAUUUCUUUUGCUCGAACUCAUGUUAAAAUUUGCAAUAACUCACCAGAAAAAAAGUUUUGUUUGCAGUCUUCAAAAUGUUUUGGAGUUGCUUACUGGUAUUUCAGUGUUUUUCGUAGUCUAUCUUGACCGUAAUGGCGCCGAGUUUAUGGAUGAUCCCGUUCUGGAAGACAUAUUGGUUGUCAUUGGGAUUCUACAAGGAUUGAGAGUCAUUCGUGUUCUUCGAUUGGUAGAAUCCACCCCAGGGAUGAAGGUACUGAAACUUUCUCUGAAAGAAAGCUGGAGAGAGUUUGCACUGCUCGUCAUGGUACUCACGUCCUUUUCUCUUAUCUUCGGAUCGACGAUGUACUGGAUUGAACUGGAUCACCCCGAUACUUUUCCAAACAUAUUUGUCAGCAUCUGGUGGGCACUUAUCACUAUGACAACAAUUGGUUAUGGAGAUUUUUACCCCAAAACAGCUGGCGGAUACUGUAUCGCUAGCCUUGCUGCCGUUUUUGGGUUGAUGCUCUUAGCCAUGCCUAUUACGAUUCUAGCUUCAAACUUCAACGCAUUCUACAACUGCUAUAAUUAUAGGAGAAGACAUUUGCUUUCAAGAACAUAAACAGUACUUUCUUCUAUUAAUUUUUUUUUUUGGGGGG